CAUCGACUGAGCAAUGUGUUCGUGAUCUAUCGGGUGCUGACUGCUCUGUUUACCAUCGCCUGCCUAAUCAACUACAUAAUUGCCACCACUAAUGACCCAGAUACUGACCAUAAUGUAAUGGCCUACCUCACCACUUGGGCCUAUAUCCUUAUGCUACAUUUCAACAUUGCAGCGGUGGUUGCUGUCUACUGGAAAUGUCGAUCCUGUCGUGGAGAUCCGGAAGUUUCAAAUUACAUCAACGUUGUUGCACGUCCACGCAAGCACAAAAAGAGCGACCAAAAACAGCAACAACAACAACAGCAGCAGCUGCAACAACAGCAAGAACAACAGCAACAACAACAAGACCAACCUACAGUAACUGUACAACUAAACACGAACGGUGCCCCAGAUGAAGACACCGAACAACCAGUAUUCGGCACACAGCUCAGUAUGGAAACAGCAAUGUGUGUGGGUAAAGUUGAUCAGACCACGUGGUACAUGAAACUCUCGUGGAUGUUCUACAAUGUCAGUUUCGUGUCGGCCAUUGUAGUCACGCUGGUAUUCUUCGGAGCCGUUUAUCCGAAUCUUAGUCCCGAAGACAAGAAAUCUAGCUUGGGUAUCUCGUUUGAGGACCUAAGCAUACACGGCCUCAAUACGCUUUUGGUACUAAUGGAAGUCGCCCUCAGUUCUUUCCCCGUUCGUUUGGUGCACGCCCUCUAUCCGAUGCUGUACGGCCUCCUCUACAUGGUUUUCAACAUCAGUUACUGGUCGUACGAUCCGAAACGUAAUGUCAUCUACGAAGGAAUGCUUGACUGGAACCACCCGUUAAAAUGUCUCAUCUUGGUUGUCUUGCUCGUCUUCGUCGUGACACCCAUCCUCCAAAUCACCCACUUCCUCUUCUAUAAAUUGCGCUCACUUGUUUUUGGGCGUUCUGCACGUUUAGAUUCCACAAGUUCAUUCAGCACGUGCGACGUAUAAACACAGACGACGUACAAAGACAGCAAAAAAGAACAAAUAUCAAAAAAAUGUAACAAUAAUUACAAUAAAUUAUGACAGUCAUUAAUACAAAGAAGAAAAACACAAAAUGAAGU